UCGUUCGCAUUCAAAACGUUCCGAUGUUCGAAAAUCGAACACGUAUUAUUUAUUUAGCAUUAUUCGAAAAAUGAAUAUCUACAUUUGCGUAUUAUUAUUUAUUAAAACUGUAUCGAGUAAGAUAGAAACGGUACAGCGACUUAGCAAUGCUGAAUUAGAUGAGCACACGAGAGUGACGAACAGUCACGUAUUCCCGUACGUGGUUGCGAUACUGCAGCGAUCGAAGUACGUCAGCGCGGGGGCCUUGAUUGACGAGAAUUGGAUUUUGACGGCCGCCGACGGAUUGUUCCUAAUGAGAGAAACUUUAAAACUAGUGAAAGUGAGACUCGGGAGUAUCAAUUACAAAAAAGGAGGGCUGCUACUGCCGGCCAAGCUGAUACAAAUUCAUCCUUAUUUCGACGACAAAAGUCCCAUUUUCGAUGUGGCCAUGGUCCAGCUGGCUGAAACCCUGAGGUUCACGCCGAAAAUAAAAGCGAUAAGACUUCAGAAGACGUUCAUGGAUGUUGCCGCAACUCAUUUCAUUGUGACGUCAUGGAAUCCAUCGUUGAAACAAAAGCCCAAACACCCCGAAUCGAUGGAAGCUAUAGAGCGCCGCCGAAUGCUCACAGUGACUCAUCUCCAUCCAUCGGAAGUUGAGGAGUGCGCCGCCGAGCUGGACGCCUACGGUGUCAAUAAGACUGACUUGAUCAUGUGUCUGGAUCCUCCUGGUGGAAGUGAAAUUUGCGUGGAAAAUCGGAACGUGGGUGCUCCAGUAGUGCUCAAUGGAGUUCUCUGGGGUGUAGUGUCGUCUUGGAAGACAAGUGAUUGUGACCAAGGGGCAGUCGGACCUAGUUUCGUGACCAGAGUGUCGGCACCUGACGUUACAUCUUGGAUACACGCCACAUUGCACGGACAUCGGUGGAAGCAUAAAUCGAACGAAUAGAUAAAUGCACCGGUUAAAUUUAUUGCAGCUGAAGAAGUUUAAGGCAAUUGAAUGAAGAAUAAAAGAGUUUUUUCGAGGAUUUUCAUCUCUCUCUCUCUCUGUCUUCUUUAUCUCUCUCAUAACCUGAGCUCAAGAGCUGUCCCAGUCUUGUGACUGGAACCUGUUACUACAUCACAGAUGAAACUUUAUGUCUGAAGGAGGGUGAUGAUAUUCAAGUUGCGUCUAUAGGUAUCUUGUAUCAAGUAACUUGGCGGUAAUAUAUCUCACCAACCUACCAGUAAAAGCAGUUUUUUUGUUUUAAUUUUUUUUUUCUAUUUCUUUACAUCUACAACGUAAAUGCGCCACCCACCUUGAGAUAUAAGUUCUAAGGUCUCAGUGCGGUUACAACGGCUGCCUCACCCUUCAAACUGAAACUCAUUAUUGCUUCACGGCAGAAAUAGACGGGGUGGUGGUACCUACCCGUGCGGAUUAGAAGAUUCACUAUCUUCAAGCAGACCCUGGUCGUUCUCGACGACCAAUGAAUCAUGUCAGGACUCACCAUGAUAAUGAUAGAUCCUCUCUUGCUUCUCUGCUUUAAAAUAUUAAUACUGUUCAAGGAAAUUACAGGACGAAUUGUGACGCCAUUCGCCGUAUUUCAAUCUACCGCAGUGCCGGAUUGGAUGGCUGUUAUUAUACGUCUCUAUGAUUGUUUUGUAAAUUGAUAGUUACGGAGAUUGAUUUGCGACGAACAACAGUGGAUUCAAUAUUGAAAAACUCAAUUCGAUAAAUAGACCCGAUUAUGUUAAAUUCACGAUGAAAAAUGAGUAAAGAAGUUGAUGAAAAUUUGGAAAUGAUAAAUUUUGCGUUAUUCUUCUUCUUUUUCUCCACCUUAUUCCACUAGGUGGGGUCGGCACAGCUAUUUUUUCUCUUCCAUUUUCUUCUAUCAGCCGUUAUCUCAACACUCACUCCUCUCUCUCUCAUAUCGUCAUUCACACACUCCAUCCAUGUCUUCUUUGGUCGACCUCUUCCCCCUCUAUAUUAUUAUAUUUAUUUUACUAUUAUUAUUAUUGUUAUUAAUUUUAUUAUUGAUUAAUGGUAAAUGUUUUGGAAAAUCGAUCCGUCGUGUCUGACGAUAAAUUUAGUGGUUUAUUUGAAAAGUUAGAUAUUAAAAUAUGACUAAAUAAAUACGAAAUUAUGUGAUGUGUGUAUUUAUUUAUAUUUGUAUUUAUGUAUAUUAACACUUAUGUAUAAUAUGUAUUUGUGUUGGUAAGUUUAAUUUAUAUUUGGAUGUACUAGCAUUAUUUACUGUGCCCUAACUUCGGUUGACUUGUAGAGAUUGCCUUAGACGUCAUUAAGUCCGCCAAUGUGAAUAAUACAUGAAUAUAAUAAAUAAAUCAAUUGUU